AUGAAUGGUGUUGUACAGAACAUAUUUGGAGUCAUUUUAAAUGUGGAGUUAGUAAUUGGGAGUUUAGGAAAUGGAUUCAUAGCACUGGUGAACUGUGUGGACUGGGUCAAGAGAAGAAAGAUCUCCUUAGUUGAUCAAAUCCUCACUGGUUUGGCACUCUCCAGAAUUGUUGUGCUCUGGUCAAACAUGGUGUAUUUAUUGGUAUCUUCACUGUACCCAGGUUUAAUGAUCACUGGAAACAUGUUAAGAAUCAUUUUUAGUAUCUGGACAGUAGCCAACUAUAUCAGUGUCUGGCUUGCUACAAGCCUUAGCAUCUUUUAUUUUUUCAAGAUAGCUAACUUUUCUUAUUCUUUUUUUCUUUACCUAAGGUGGAGAGUUAGAAUAGUUAUUUCAGCGACACUGCUGGUGUCUCUGGUUCUAUUAUUUUUAAAUAUUAUACUUAUAAGCACACAAUUUGAUGUCUGGAAUAGUGGAUAUAAAGGAAACCUGUCUUACAGUUCCAGUUUGAGCAACGUUGAACAUCUUUGCAACCUCUUUUUUAUCAACACUAUGUUCAUGCUCAUGCCUUUUAUUGUGUCCCUGACAACUAUUCUCCUGCUAAUCUUCUCUCUGUGGAAACAUCUGAAGAGGAUGCAGCACAGUGUCAAAGGGUCCAGGGACGCCAGCGCCACGGCCCACGUGAAAGCCUUGCAAACUGUGACCACCUUCCUGCUCCUGUAUGUCAUUUACUUUCUGUCGCAUUUUGUACAAGUUUGGAAGUUUCCAGAGAAACAUCUGAUCGUUUCAUUGAUCUGGGUUAUAGGAGCAGCUUUUCCUUCAGGCCACUCAUUUGUCCUGAUUCUGGGGAACAGUAAACUGAGACAGGCCUCUCAGUCGGUACUGUGGUGGCUGAGGUGCUGGUCCAAAGAUGUGGAACCAUCGGAUCCCUAA